AUGAUUCGAAUGCGCCCCGGGUUGCCCAAGCUGGCGAGAGGCUUCGCCUCCCACGCCCAAGUCCCACUGAGUCGACUUGAAACGCAAACAAUCAAUUUGAGCAAGUUUCCAACACGUGUGAAGACACUUCGAGACCGAUGUAGGCUCAGGCGUCCAUUAACAUACGCUGAAAAAGUGUUAUACAGCCAUCUCGAUGCUACCUUCGACGAACGAAUUGAGCGCGGAAGCUCGCAGCUGAAACUACGUCCAUUACGAAUCGCCUGCCAAGAUGCUACCGCGCAAAUGGCAUUGAUUCAAUUUAUGUCCGCGGGCAUGAAAUCCGCCGCAGUUCCCACAACCGUUCACUGCGACCAUUUGAUCGUCAGCCGGGAUGGAGAGGCAGAAGACCUUUCCAGAGCACUCGAUUCCCACCGAGAAGUAUACGAGUUCAUGGAAAGUGCCUGCCAAAAGUAUGACAUGGGAUUUUGGAAGCCUGGCGCGGGCAUCAUUCACCAAAUCGUGCUCGAGAACUAUGCAUUCCCCAGCGGAAUGAUGAUCGGAACAGACUCACAUACUCCCAACGCAGGUGGUCUGGGAAUGAUUGCCAUCGGCGUCGGUGGUGCAGAUGCCGUCGAUGUCAUGGCCGGCCUGCCUCUGGAGCUCAAGGCCCCGAAGAUUCUAGGUGUGCGCCUCACAGGCGAGCUUUCACGCUGGGCUUCUCCAAAGGACAUUAUCAACGCCGUCGUUGGAGAAUUAUCUGUCAAGGGAGGAACCGGCUCAAUCAUUGAGUAUUUCGGACCGGGCGUCAAGACACUUUCGGCGACUGGAAUGGCUACCGUCUGUAACAUGGGCGCUGAAACGGGAGCGACAACGUCGAUCUUCCCCUACGCUGCCCAGAUGGCUGACUACCUUCGCUCAAAUCACCGCCAUGAAAUGGCUUCAGCUAUUGACAGUAUCUCACCAGAGCUACGAGCUGAUGACGGCGCCGAGUAUGAUCGUGUCAUUGAUAUUGAUCUUUCGACCCUGGAACCACGCAUCAAUGGACCUUUUACCCCGGACUUGUCAACGCCACUGUCUCAAUUUGGUGAUGCGACAAGAGAAAACGGGUGGCCAGAGGAAUUGACCGCUGGAUUGAUUGGAUCAUGUACCAAUUCUUCCUUCGAAGAUAUGAGCCGCGCUGCCAGCCUGGCAAAACAGGCUUUGGAGGCGGGACUCAAGCCAAAGAUGCCACUGCUGAUAUCACCAGGCAGUCUCCAAACUCGGGAGACGUUGGAAGAGGCUGGAAUAUUACCAAUAUUCGGCCAGCUCGGAGCUACGAUGCUGCCAAAUGCCUGCGGUCCAUGCUGUGGGUCGUGGGACCGAGUUGAUAUGCCCAAGGGUACUCCAAACUCAAUCAUCACAUCAUACAACCGAAACUUUUCGGGACGCCUAGACUCUAACCCCGCUACUCAUGUCUUCCUCGCCUCCCCUGAAGUCGUUAUGGGCAAGGUAUUCUCCGGUGAUCUAGCCUUUGACCCGAGUGUAGAUACUCUGCCUACUCCCUCUGGCGGUGAAUUCCGUUUUCAACCUCCUUCAGGGGAGACACUUCCAUCCAACGGAUACCUUGAAUCAAAUGAUGCCUAUAAAGCACCCCCAGCUGACAGGGGUGAUGUUGAAGUGAAGAUCAAUCCUUCCUCCGAGCGAUUACAGAGACUAGCUCCAUUUGAGCCUUGGUCCGGCGAAGAUUUCAAAGACUGCGUUAUUCUGAUCAAGACCAAAGGAAAAUGUACAACAGACCACAUCACUCCUGCAGGCCCUUGGUUCAGAUACCGAGGACAUCUGGAGAACAUUUCCAACAACACCCUGAUUGGAGCCGUGAACGCUGAGACCGACGCGGUCAACACUGUGUAUAACCAGCUCACUCAGGAGAAUGGCGAUGUCCCCGGCACUGCACGGUACUAUAAGGCCCACGAUCAGCCUUGGGUUGUGAUUGCUGAUCACAACUACGGCGAGGGCUCAUCGAGAGAACACGCUGCCUUGCAGCCCCGCUACCUCGGUGGCAAAGCCAUUAUCGCGAAAUCGUUCGCGCGAAUUCACGAGUCAAAUCUGAAAAAGCAAGGCAUGCUUGCGCUUACUUUUGCAAAUGAGGCGGAUUACGACCGAAUCCGUGCCUCGAAUCGGGUGAGUAUUUUGGGCCUCUCGGGGCUGGCGCCAGGAAGUCCCCUGAAGUUGUCGGUGAAUGGAGAGUGGGAAGCUGAAUUGAAGCACACCUUCACCCCUGAACAAGUCGAAUACUUCAAAGCAGGAAGUGCAUUGAAUAUGAUGGCGAAGCAGUAA